AAUGGUGGAGGUGGGGCAGGAGUUGCAGCAACAGGGGGAGCAGGGCGGGCUGCCCCCGCAGCAGCAGCAGCAGCAGCAGCAGCAGCUGGCAGCGGUGGUGCCCCGCCCCGUAUCAUUGAUGCCCGGCUGUCCCACCAGCGGGGGGAGGUGGAGCACCCGAUGGGGCCGCAUGCAGCAGCAGCUGCAGCAGCGGCAGCUGCAGCAGCGGCAGCAGUCCGGGGGGUGACAGCGGCGGCAGCAGCACCUGCGGGGCCGGCAGCAGCAGCAGCAGCAGGCGGGGGCGGUGGCGGGGGCGAGCAGCUGCGCGCUGCUCGCGAGUCCGCCGAGCUGCGGCAGCGGGGUGCGGUGCAGCUGGCGGGGCUGCCCACCAGUGUGGAGGGCUUCAAGGGGCACCCGGCGUACGUGCUGAAGCGGCAUAUCGGCAAGUAUGAGGCCCUGCACCCCGGCACCGCCCCCCUGGGACUGCACCGCGGGGAGCCCUACUACCCGCGGCAGCAGCUCAGUGUGCUGCACACGGCGGAGCGCUGGAGGAGGG